AUGUCGACCAGCUGCAAAUUAAAUCACGGCAUGAGGAAGGGCAAGAACCGAGCUCCUCACAAGGGAGUCAAGAGAGGUGGCAGCAAAAGAAAAUACCAGAAGGGCAGCCUGAAGAGUAGAAAAUGGUACAAUGACGAUUACCAAGAUGCGCAAAGACAACCUUUCCCAUAG